AAGAUGCAAAAUGAAUUUGAUAAAAUAUUUGAAACACUGGAUGAAGGUGACAAGAGAGCAGAAACUGAACCAGCUGAUGUAAGAUUCUUUUUAAAAUUCUUUUAGAAAAAUGUGUUAGGAUCUUCAUACCUUACCUUGUUAUGGAUAUUAUUUUACUCAAUUUGAUGUACAAUAACGACCAGUCUGAAAAAAUGGUCAUGCAGUCUUAAAUGUUACUGUUUGAGUAAAUAAAUAAAUUUAAAUGGCGUUUGUUUUGGAGAAUUAAUUGAUUAAUAACUUACUAAUUUAAAAUAAUUUUGAUAAAUUGAAUCUACAAAAAAAUGUACUUAAUGGAAAUAGCGAUCUUGGAAACACUUUGUUUCUAACACUUAACAGUACCGGUAGUUAAAAAAUUAAUUGUUCAAUUUCCUGUCAAAAGGCUGUGAGCACAGUGCUUUUCCCUUAUCAGAAGCAAGCUCUCAACUGGAUGAUUAGUAAAGAGAACACAGACACUCUGCCACCAUUUUGGGAAAAACUCAACAAUGACUGCUACUGGAACACUCUGGCCAUGUUUAUUUCUAAUACUACACCAAAAAGUGUGCAUGGAGGUAUGGAGAAAGAAAUUAUAAAAGUUACAAAUAAAGACAAAUCUGCAUAUAUUUAAGCCUAUAAAAACUUAUUUUUCUAUUUAUUGUUAAAUUAUUGAUAUACUUAUAAAUGGUUGAAACACUGAGCUUAAAAAAAAACACUGGGCUUAAAAAAGGCAAAACACAGAGUUCAUUUUAAAAAAUAACAUUUCUAGAUGUAAACAACUUACAAGUAAGUAAUAAUAAAUUGAACAUUUUUAAAUAUCUGUGGAAAAAAAUAUUAACAGAAUUUUAAACCAGUUUCCUACACUUAUUUUCUCUGCUAUAAAUAGUUGAAUAAUUUUAUUUCCAGGAAUUUUAGCAGAUGACAUGGGUCUAGGCAAGACCCUGGAAAUGAUUUCAUUAAUUUUGUCUAAUUUUGUUGAUGGUAAACCACUUGCUCAUCCCUUGCCAGGAAAAUGCAGGUCGCCUUAUGGAUCUGAGACCAUGGUACAAUAUUACUUUUUACUCAAAAUAGUUACAAUUAACAUGUGAAACUUUGGUUCACACAAAAACCUUAUCGUCAAUAAUAAAUAAAUUUCCUUGCCAAAUUUAAAAAAAAACAAACAAACAAAAAUAAUAUUUAUCGUACCUGAUAGGUGUCUACAAAGUUACAGAAAACAACUGUUUCAAGUCCAGCCCAUACACCAGUCGUUCAGGACAGUUUACAUGCUAAAACAAAUUUUCACCACAAAUUUUCACCUUGUUUAAUAGAAGAAAGAUCAGUAAGAACUCCUAGGGCUAGGGCGCCUAGGCUACUGAUUCCAAUUCCAGGUAAGCUGUCUCGCAACAAAAACAACAUUUUAUUAGGAAAAUAAACAAACAUAAUUAAAAGAAUUUACCAAAAACACAAUUGGAACUUGAUUUAUUUAUAUCAUUUCUUUUUUUUUUAAAUUAAAUUUAAGUUGAACUUUUAAGUUAUCUAUCCUCCCAAAAAGUGUUGUUUUUUUUUUAAAAUAAAAAUAAAAACGUUGAACCUUUGCACAAACUGCACAUCUUUUAUUAACACAGUUACUUCCCUUGUGGGACAUUUGGGGGAAAAAUAUUUUUAAAAUAAGUAAUGAAAAUUCAAUUUGUUGAAAUUCACAGGAAAGAAACAUGAAAAUCCUGAGCCUAGACCUUCUGAAUUUAAUGAAGAUACCAUCACAGCGGAAUCCGGUAACGGAGCAAAGAGGUGAGAUAAAUUAAUAUCGAAAAGGAACUAAAACACAUUAUUUAAUCUAAAGAACAAGACAAAAAUAUAAUUAUUUAUUAAUUAAUAAAGAUAUAUAAGAAUACUUAACUUUAGAUACCGUAGCCAUAGUGGUGUCCAGUGGCGUGUUAAACUAUGAGUAUGAGUAGGACUAGUUUAAAUGAUAAUGGGUGGUCUUUAACGUCAAAAAAAUUGUUCCAUGUUUAUUCAGUUAUGACAAUAAAUUGUAUAAUUAAAUUAUUUUGGGCCCUGAACACUAUUAAAAGUGGUAUCUCUAAUUUUAACAAAACUUAUUGAUUCAGCUUACGGAUGUGAAUUAUGUGUUUACUUUCAAAAGUGAGUAUGAUGCCUAUGCACAUUUUACAUUUUCAAAAGAAGACAUGUUUUUUUUAAGCAAAGACUUUUUUUCUAAUUCUUUGAAAUCGAAUUAUAUCAAUCAUUGACCACGAUCUUUCCAUUAGUUAAUGCCUAUUCUUUUUGAAUUUUGAUUUCAAAGAUGUCAACAAACAAAAAUAAUUGUUUCCAGUUGCUAUUCUAUCUUUCUGAAACAAUAAGUUGUAAAAAAAAUUUCCCCCAAUUACCAGUGUUUCUUUCAGACAAUUUGCUCUGGAGGGGCUUUCGAUGUUUGGGUAGACAGUGCCAGUGGACCAGGAAGAGGGAGCGGUCCAACCCAAGUGGCACAUUUUUUUCAUUUUAUGUAAGGGUGGCAUAUUUGGCCAUCUGCAGAGUUUUUAUUGUUGAAGGAGCAUAAAAAACCUUGGCUUGCCGAGGGUAGCCCUAACCCAAGCUAUGCCACUGGGCAGUGCAUCUAUCAGGUCUAAAAUUAGGCAUAAUGGCAAUCUAUGUCCAUCCCCUUGCCCAAAAUAAACUGAAUUCAUUCCAGUAAGUGAUACCCCUGGGAGUGUGCUUUUUUGCCACAGCUAAGUUUCAACCCUGAAAUCUAUAUAGUCAUACUAUAUUUACAAAAUUAGGGUAAUAUUGUGUUUGUCAUUUCAAGAAAAUCAUCUUAAUUACUAGCUGUGUCAACAUUAUUUGGGUUGGGGGGGGGGGGGACGGGGGGCUUCUAAGUCUUAAAAAUGGGGAUAUAUAAAUAAAAUUAACAAAUAUUUACAAAAUUAGGGUAAUAUUGUGUUUGUCAUUUCAAGAAAAUCAUCUUAAUUACUAGCUGUGUCAACAUUAUUUGGGUUGGGGGGGGGGGGACGGGGGACUUCUAAGUCCUUAAAACGGGGAUAUAUAAAUAUAAUUAACCAAUGUCAACUAUUGGAAGAAGGGUGCUGUAUACAGCCAUAACUGGCCUAUAUUUGGAACAAUACAAAAAUUAGAAUGUUUUUUUUUUAUAUAUAUUAAGGGCCCACAAUCAAUUUUUUUUAAAAUUAUUCUGGCUCCUAUAUUAAAAUAUUCGGUUCAAAUAUAUCAAACAUAGUGAUAUUUCUUUGAUUCCAUUAUUUUACUCAUUUUAAUAGAUGACAAGUACCAUUACACUUUAUAAAAGAUUUGUUAUAUUUUUCCUUAAUUUUUUAAAACCAAAUUAGACUUAUAACAUCACUAGAAAAUAUUCUUUUGAAUAAAUAUUUAAAUACAUUAGAAUUUUUGUGUGUUUUAGAUUCAUGAUUUGUUCAGCUGAACUUCUUCUUCUAAUAGCUUUAAAAAUAAUUUUAUCUUCUGUGUUUAAAUUAAUUUACAUGGUAGGUCGGGAGAAGUUAUACUGUAAAUAUGAAAUCCUUUUAUUUUUUUCAAGCUUUAUGAAAAGAUCUGUUCAAGAUGCUUGUGAUGACAUGGGUAAGUCUAAGUUUAUACUACAUAAAUACUACCAAUCAAAAAAAGAAUAAAUAAUUUGUAACAGUACAUGAUUAAUAAAACUAUUUUUCUUAUUUUAUUUCGCCAUAAAAUUUUUUUAAAAGCUACAUUUGUAAGAAAUACAGCAAAUGUAUAAUUUGUCUUCAAGCUCAUUUUGCCAUAAGGGUGAACAGAUCAUGCUCAAAAUACAGACAUAAAAUAUAUUUUUUGACUUCUAUAAAUUAAGAUUUUUUUAAUAUAUUUUUAAAUAUAUAAAAUGUGUGCUGACCCACCAAUAUACUUUCCUUUGAGCUUUACACUCUGGAUGUGCUUGCACUUGCAACAAACACAAACAUUUAAAUCUUUUUUUUUUAAAUAAUUUUUUUUAAAAAUAAAAUAAGUGAGGAAUUUUCAUGUGCAGAAUCAUCAGAAUCAAUGUGGGAAAUUAUGUGUGUGGGGAAUAUUCAGUGUAUGGGGUAUUCCAUUUUGGGAAGCUGUGAUCUUUGAGUGAGGAAUAAUCCUGUGCAGAAUUUUUGAGUGGGUAAUUAAAGUACCUGCGAUAAUAAAUCAGCUUACACUUACGCACUACAUGCCUUGUGCAGUGCACUGACCCAAUUUGGACUUAGCUUGGUCUAUGUGCUGUUGAUGUUUACAUUUGCUGAAAUUUCAUUGUUGGGACUUGUGCACUAAAAGAACAACUUUUUAUCAACAACAAACCACUUUCAGUAGUUGAGACUUUUCUCUCUUUUAAAAAAAGAGUAACAAGAGUUUGUAUACAUGAGUGGAAUCAACCAAGAAAUUUAUUAUAGCCUAAAGCUACAUUAAUCCACAUUCAGGCAUUUUUGAGGUCAUUGCCGAUGAUGUGAAUCUGAAGUCACAGUCAAUUAAUGAAGCCAAAUGUCGACUAAAUUUUCACAUGAGAAGUGGCGUCAUUUCUGUAGCCCUGAACUCACUGAAUGGAGUCAGCAAAUUAUUACAAAGGACACUAAAACUUCAACAGACAUAAAUGACAGAUUUUUAAAAUUACAAAGAAAAAAUGUUUGAUGACCACUAGAAGAAGACAAAUGACAUAUUAGAAUGGGACAUUAGGAUAAUGAAAAUAGAGAGAAAGAUAGAGCUGUUAUUUCAAAGAAGACAAAGCUUAAACUUAUCUAGCAAACUGUAUAUUUGUUUUGCGCACAGCUACCCUGUCGCAUGGAAGUAUAUACACCACUGUUCAUUCUCGAUAGUAAUGGCCCUUUCUUGUUGAGUUCUAGAUGAUGACAGAUAUAGAAAUUAAUGCUCUCACAAAGAUUUAGAGAGAACAGUGCUGAGGACGUUCCAGUUGGAAUUUGCAAAAGAAAUGCUGUAUUUGAAGCACUUCAUAUCAUAGUUUGAAGCGUCUUAUGAAAAAGUUCUAGUAACCUGAUAGUUAAAUAUUCUUUAUUGAAAAGAAUAACAAUAUGAAAAAAAAAUGUACAAUACCUUUCCCUAAUUACAGCAACCUGAUAUUUAUUGUGUUUCCUUCUCUUGGUAGGAGUGAACAUUCAGUAAAAGUGAAAAAGCUGUGCAGCUAAUUGGGUCAGUGAAUAAAGAACCUGAAUAAAUGACUGCCUCUACUAAACAAAACUAGAAAACAAUUAUUUCUUUAAAAAAUAAUUCUUAAAUGUAUUUGUUUUAGCUGAUGAUGAACUCCCAGAUAUUAUAUCUCCAUCAGAGUUAAACAAGAAACUUAAAGGUAAGGCUAGUCAUGAAGAAUAAAUGAAAUUGAUUUAAUAUGUACUAGAAAUAACCAGCAAAACAAUGGCAGCGGCAAUACGUGACCUUACCAUCUACUAAAGUUACUUAACAAAACAUACAUUAAAGUAACCCACUUUAUAUGAAUUCCAUUUAGUGCUAAUUACAUAUAUAUUUCAUUAGAAAUAUUUACCAUGCUAAAAUAAGGGAUUACCUAUAUAAUAAUUUAAUUAUAUUUGUUUUAUCAGAUUAAAAUUGAUUUAAUUUCCAUAAAAUUUAAAAAAAAAAUACUUUCAGUGUUUUUAAGAAUCUCUAAAUAAGAAAUAGGAAUUUUAUCUUCAACACAUAUUUAUGCACUGGUUUUGAACAGAGCAUUAGUUACAGCCAUACAUUUCUAACUAAAUAAUCUAAUUAGAAGCUAUGAUAUUUUUACUCAUAUUUUUUCGUAAAAAAGACGUUGCAUUUCUUAAAAACCGAGAUGUUGUCAUUACCACAUAUUCUACUCUUACUUCAGACUUCAAAAAGGUAUAUUUAAGACAAUUAACAUAAGCUAAACUUAUCUGUUUACAUUUUGCUUUAAAAAUUCUCCAACUUUAAUUUGAAAUGUAUAUCAAAGAGAGGGCAUGCAUUUUUCCCCUUUGAUCUAUUUAGCUGUGGAGUUUUUACUCAGCUAUUAAUUAUAUAUUUUUUGGGGGGUAAAAUCUUAUAAUACCCUAUGCGUUUUUUAAAUUCUUAGUGUUAAAAAUUGAGACAUUAAUAAUUUAGGCCUAGUAUUUAAAAAAAAAUAAUUUAAUUCAUUUUUUGUUUUUUUAACUUUAGAGUUUAACCAGUAGUUUUAACAGUAGCCCACUACACAAAGUAAAGUGGCUUCGAAUAGUGUUGGAUGAGGGGCACAUUAUAAGAAAUCCCUCUGCCCAACAAACAAAAGCUGUAUAUGAACUGAAGGCCAGAAGGAGAUGGAUUUUAACAGGUUUGAUCACAGUUCUUGGAAACAAACCAUUUAAUAAUUUUUGAAGGCUAUGAAACUAUCACCACAAUGUUUUGCAGCCCUAACAAAAAAGUAUGCAUGGCUAGUAAAGAAGUCUAAAAAGUGUGUAUAGUAAGUAAAUAAUUCUUAAAAGUGUGUAUGGUUAGAAAAGAAGUAUAAAAAGUGUGUAUGGUUAGUAAAGAAGUAUAAAAAUAAAAAGUAUGUAUGGUUAGUAAAAAAAAUGUAUAAAAAGUGUGUAUGAUUAAUAAAGAAGUCUAAACAGUGUGUAUGGUUAGUAAAGAAGUCUGAAAAUUGGUUCUAGCAUACCAUCCCCCACCCCCAUGUGAAAAUUAAUUCAACUCCCAAUCAACAAAUAGGAAGUCUUUUUUUUUAUUGUGAAGCAUCCAUACAAAUACAUCAAAGAGGUCUGUCUUGCUGCAAACCUCAUCAAGCCAAGGACAAGUAGUGUCAUUCUCUUUCUUUUUUUUUCAAAGUUGUAUUCCUUUUGUUGUUCCCAUUAUAUAUGUAUAAUGAAUAAGUUUUAGGCAAUUAGCUUAAACAACCCUUUUUGGUUGGGAUGAUUAUUCAAGGGGGGGGGGGGGGGGGGGUUCGGGUUUAAAAGCAAAGGCCUUUUUUCCUGUUAAGUUUGAUUUUUGCUUUUAAAAAUUUGUGGUCACUUUGGUUAUCAUGAAAGAUUAUGCCAACACCUUCAGUAAGCGUAUUUUGCUUUCCAUUAAUGACUUUGGGGUCAAUUUUGCUCUGCUUUUGAUCCACGGGUUGGUGUGUCCAGUUGAAUUUGUCGUUUUUCUUGUGUUUCAAUGCAAAGAAAGUGCCUCCAACAGCCAUAUUUUCUUCACUAAGGCUAAGCACUCUUUCCCAACAGAUAUUCAGAACUAUUUAGAGCUAUAGCCCACCAAUGGUUUCUUUUGAAUAAUACUGAUUUGCUUCUGAUCUAUUUAUAUGUAAAGCAUUAACUUUUUUUAAAAAGAAGCUGCUUUUUAAUCAAAUCAGGUACACCUAUUCAGAACUCUAUCAGGGACUUUUGGUCAAUGUUGAACUUUUUGCAAGUACAACCAUUCACCGACGAAUCAUUGUGGGAUGAUAUUAUUGCUAAGCCUCUGUGUAGUGGAGAAAUGCCUGCUGUUCAGUUAGUAUAUUUUAUUAAUUUUUGAUGAACAGAAUUUUUUUUAAAAAUGUUAUAGACUUAUUUUGGAAACCAUAACUAUUUCAAAUUUGAUGUCAUAUUUUAAUUUUCUGCUCAAAUUUUUUUGUAAUAUUCACUUCAAGCAUAUAAAUUUAACACCUUGAAUUAUUUUUAUAGGAAAGUUGGAGCUUUAAUGAGAAGUUUAGCUCUGAGGCGUACAAAGAAUACAAAAUAUAAUGGAAAGCCACUUAUAGAGCUGCCAACUCGAGAAGUGACAGUCAAAUGGAUAACUUUAAGUAAAAAAGAAAGAGACUAAAGGACAAAUUCUUAUAAGAAGGUAAUUGAAAAAAACAAUGUAACAUCUAAUUAUGUAUUGCAAAUAUUUCUAAGCAUUCAUUUAUGGUCUUCUUUAGAAUAUUGAUAUUUUUUCUCACUUUUGUUCUUGAUUGAUUGAGCCUGUCUUCCUGCUUCAUGGCUGUUGUCUGUUUUAUUUUUUUUUAACUCAAUCAGCUGCCCUCAUCCCUAAAAGGUUGACACAUGUUAGACCACUUCAUCUCGUCGAAUAGUUUCUUAAAUCUAACUUUGGUGGAUCUUUAACAAUUCCAAAACAUAAAAUGAAGUGGUGUAGCUAGGGUUAGUAGCCCCGGGCUCUUGUCGUCAUGUCGAUCAAUGACAUGUUUGAUAAAGAGGCGCUCGCCACGAACCCCCUGAAGCGUUACCCGGGGAACAGUACCACCGUGUAGGGGACCCGCGCUGAAAGGCAAAGGUAACGCACGGAGACUGCGUUAAAUCGAGCACGAUUGCAUGGCUUCCCACCAAGUGCAGUCGAACUAUUUUACUAAACGCAGAAACAGGUUGGGACAUGAUUACAGUUGCCGUAUGGAUAUGAGGUGAAGGUGUGUGGCAACCUUUCACCGGUGAUUCUAAAUAUGCAGUCUUGAGGGUACUGCUCCAAGGCAACCUCUCUCUCCCAUCUACGGUGUGAAUUAGUCGCGCCGUAGAAUAACCAUACAAACCCUAGUAGAGGGCGUCGGUCUUAAACAACUACGCGGUCCCCCCGGGGUGGUAAGGGGGGACUUUAGAGACGUUAAAUAUCCACCCCAACCCCUUAGAAAGUCCGGCCCUGUUGCUGCGUGAGCAGCAAUCCGGCUGUGGGCUCUUGUCGUCAUGUCGAUCAAUGACAUGUUUGAUAAAGAGGCGCUCGCCACGAACCCCCUGAAGCGUUACCCGGGGAACAGUACCACCGUGUAGGGGACCCGCGCUGAAAGGCAAAGGUAACGCACGGAGACUGCGUUAAAUCGAGCACGAUUGCAUGGCUUCCCACCAAGUGCAGUCGAACUAUUUUACUAAACGCAGAAACAGGUUGGGACAUGAUUACAGUUGCCGUAUGGAUAUGAGGUGAAGGUGUGUGGCAACCUUUCACCGGUGAUUCUAAAUAUGCAGUCUUGAGGGUACUGCUCCAAGGCAACCUCUCUCUCCCAUCUACGGUGUGAAUUAGUCGCGCCGUAGAAUAACCAUACAAACCCUAGUAGAGGGCGUCGGUCUUAAACAACUACGCGGUCCCCCCGGGGUGGUAAGGGGAGACUUUAGAGACGUUAAAUAUCCACCCCAACCCCUUAGAAAGUCCGGGCCUGUUGCUGCGUGAGCAGCAAUCCGGCUGGCCAGGUGUUUCUUCUCUGGGGCUGCCACACUCAGCGGCCAAUCGAGUGGAGGUCGAGUGUGGCGGUCUUAGGGGCGGAGCGUCCCUGGCGGGCCGCUUCGCGGCCCGAUCGGAAUAAAGACCACUGGGGGAUUGGUUGACGGCCGGUUUGGUUGGCGGGGUGGUGCGUUGGGGAGGACCAUAUGAGCCUCAAGGCUCGGUGUUCGCUGAUUUUCUUAAGUUAGUUAGUUAGCUAGGGUUAGUGCCUUAAUAUUUAUUAAGUGAGUGUAACUCAUUUUUAAGUUAAGAACGCAGCAAUCUUGUAUUCAAUACCAUAAGACAGUGAACAACCUAAAUGAGGCUUGUAAGACUUUCACUUUUAAGGAACUGGAUUAAAGUUUAAUGGAUAAAAUGUACACAUUAUGAAACAUUAUAUUUAAAAGCCUUUGAAAAUUAAUAAUUAAGUUACAAUGCAAAAUGUUCAAAAUAUAAUAACAAUAAUAACUUAAAAUUUAAAAAUUAUCUCACAAACUGAACAAAAAGGGACUUUUUGAAAUCAUUUGUCAAUUAUUAAUAUGACAUACACUUAAUUAUCAGGAUUCCCACCAAACAUUUUUUUCCAAGCAGCCCUUUGUACAAAAACGUUCCACACCCCUGCUACCUAGUCUAUAAAAAUAAAAUUUGAACUUGAACUAUUUUUUUUAAUCUGAAAAUAGAAAUAUCACCCAGCCCACUUUUAAUUAUAUUAAUUAAAGAAUUUAAAUUCCAAUUUUUAAAAUCAAAAUGUCUCUCUUAUCUAGGUACGCUCAAAGAAAUGUGCUGCUAUAUCAUUAUGGUGAAGUGUUGGCUAUCCUUAUGAGACUACGCCAGCUGUGUUGCCAUCCUCAGCUCGUAGCUAAGGCUUUAAAUAAAAUGAAUGAAAACGACUCUGGUAACUUACAUUAACAUAUAUACCCAUAUUAUUUUAAGCAGUGAUUUUUUUUUUUUUUUUUUUCAAACUUGAAAUCAAACUUAGUUUAUUAAAAUAUUUAAACUUUUAAAAAAUACUUAAACCAAAAGUAUAACUGUCAAAAAAAAUAAAUGAAUACUUAUUCUUUUUUUACACUAAAUUAACAUAUAUACCCAUAUUAUUUUAAGCAGUGAUUUUUUUUUUUUUUUUUUCAAACUUGAAAUCAAACUUAGUUCAUUAAAAUAUUUAAACUUUUAAACAAUACUUAAACCAAAAGUAUAACUGUCAAAAAAAAUAAAUGAAUCCUUACUCUUUUUUUACACUAAAACAUACAAUUAUUUUUAGUACACUAAAACAUAAAUAAGGUUCUAAUGCAUUUUUUCUACCUUUAAUCAUAACUCGUUAUAAUCAAUAAAUCCUGUAAAUAUUUCUAAAAUUAAGAGGUAGCUUAGUGAAAAACAGAUCACAAAAUAUAUAGAGAAAACUAUUUACCAAAAAUGUAUUAGGGGACAAUCAUUCGAUGUAUGCAUUGAGGGGGAGGGGGUUGUUGAUUUAGGAGAUUUUGCAGUUUCAAGUUUAUUUUCAAUAUCUAUAAAAAUACAAAUGAAUACCUGGUACAUAAAAUAAUUACAAAACGUAUUGAUAAAAGGGAGAGAAACCCAGCGACAUAAUUUUGUACAGGCUUAAGGUGAAUUCUUUUUAAUUGUCUAUAAUAAAUUUUAAAUAGGUGGUGGUGAGGGGGGGGGGAGGUUUGCUCUCAUUUGAAAAGGUUACACCAGGGGUCGGGAACCUUUUUGUCUGAGAGAGCCAUGGACUAUACAUAUUUUGAAAAGUAAGUCUGUGAGAGCCAUACAUUAUGUUUAAAACUAAAAAUUCAAGUAAAUGUGCGCAUUUUGUGUAAUUUCAAUUCUAAAAAUGCAAUAAUUAUGUCUCUGAAUUCUUUUUAAUAACAUUGUUAUGCUGUUGCUAAUUAAUAAUGAGUAUUUCUUACCAUUAAUGCAACUUUUUUUUUUUAUAAUCGAACAUUUGUCUGUGAGCCAGAUGCAGCCAUCAAUAGAGCCACAUCUGGCUGGCGAGUCAUAGGUUCCCGACCCCUGGGUUACACCAUAGUACACUGCUUUUCUAGGAUUCAGGGAAUAAAAUUGCCUUUUUCCUUCAUUAAUUAAUCAUAGUUUCACAAUUGUAAUUACAAAUAGAGCCUUUUCUGUGUUAUGUAUAUGGUUAUGCCUUUAACACUUAAAUCUUUCUUAAUAAUUUUUUAAAAAGUGGAAUUUUAUGUGCUAAAAACUAAUAAUGUUAAUAAAACUCAUAUAACUAUAUAAACUAAUCUAAGUUAUAUGGGAAAUAGUAACACAACUUUGUAGUGUAGUUAAAAAUAUCUUAGCAUAAACUAUUUAUCAUAUAUUGGAAUUUGAAGAAAAAAAAAAUUAAGUCAUUGAUGACACACAUUUUUAAUAGGACAAUUUCUUAAAUUUUCCAUCAUUUAUUUUUAUGUUAUGGCAUCAUUUUUAUCUAUUUAGAUGACACCAAAAUUAUGGAUCAUCUCAUGUCUGUACUGUUGUCUGGCUCUGAUGUGGAAUGUACUAUUUGUUUGAAGAGUUUAUAUGAUCCAGUCAUCACUCCCUGUGCUCAUGUCUACUGUAAACUUUGCAUUGAAGCAGUGCUCCUCGAAACUAAAAAGGUACUUAAAUUAAACACAUUGUCAUGUAAGCCUUGUCAGAUCCAGGUAAAGCAAUGGGGUCACUAUUCAUAAAUUGUAUUUUCAAAAUAUUCAUCAAUUCUAGCCCAAGAUUUUCAGGUAUUUUCAAUGUUAAACAUAAUUGUCUUUAGUAGGCCUACUUAUAUUAACCCUGUGACUGUUCCUGCUUUUGAUGGCCUUGUAGACUACAUUGCUGCAACCAAGUACUGGCAUAUGUGGUUUGUAAAAACAGGUUUUGCCAUAGUUUGUACAUUAAUUGUUGGAUAAUGCAAUGUUGAAGAAGGUUCAACAGUUUUUAUGACAAAUAAGAAAUGCCAUUGUUUCAUUAAUAAAGAGAACCUAUCUGUAGUACUACCAGAUUCAUAUAUCUAUACUCUAUGGAAUAAAUUGCUAUUCUUUUCCAUGAAAAAUACUCCGGAUCUGAGACAGUUCAUUAGCCAAUUGUCCAUAUGUUUCUCAAAGGCAUAAUAGUUUAUCCUUCACUCAGCUAAAAUUUUGUUGUGAAUGUACUUAAAAAAAAAAGCAGGGAGUUUAUAUUACACUUUAACACUUUUUCACCAGCCUGUGCAGUGUCCUCUUUGUUGUGCAAACCUUGAAAAUGCACAGCUUAUGACUGCUCCUCAUUUACUGAAUAACAGUGACAACACACAAUGGGUGGAUUCUGAUAAUAAGUGGCAAUCUAGUACUAAAGUAAGUGCGCAUCUAUUUGCUUUUUUUUAAAUUUAAUUUUAUAUUUACCUUAAUUUUAUAUAAAUUAUAUAUUUCAAAUUUAAUUUUGUUUGGCAUCUCUAUGUACGGCACGGUCAAAUCGAGAUAUUUAUUUCUUAGCAAUAAAAUAGUGAUCUCUUCAUAAUCUAAAAACCUCUGAGAUUAAGACCUGUUGAGAGCAACAUCUGAUUAGAAUCGUCUCAUCUGACCUAGAUGACCAUCCUUAGAUUAUGUGCGCACUUAAGGGGGGCACUGAUAAAGAAAGGUGCUGUCCGCCCUGGUUGCCACUUUUUUCUUUAUAGAGCGGGGCUGCAUUUUCUGCCAACUGCAGAGUUUUUUCUUGGGGGCGGGCUCGAACCUAACUAUCCCACUGAUGCAUUUAGGAGAUUUUGCAUAAGAGUGCAUAUGGGCAGGGAGAAGGGGUUUGCACAUUUAUGCACAUGUUCUUCAAUAAUUAUCCUGUAAUUCCAAUUUGAUUUUAGAGGCUCAUUAGUUACAUGGUCAUUUGUAGGUUAGAUAUGCAUAGGGGGAUGGGGGACCAAAAAUGUAUGGUGCAACAGGGAGGAUCAGGUAAUUAGUUUUUGUAGUGUUGCGUUUGUUUUAAAUGUGGUAAAUUAUAGAUUUUUUACUCUUGUACCGCGCUUCUAGCCUUUGAGGAUGAAGCGUGUUUUUGAAAUACAAUUUAUUAUUAUUUAUUAUUAUGAAAACAUGACUUUUUGCGUACAUUAUAUAUCAUAUGGAUGGCAAGUAUUUUAUUUUGUACAUCUAGGUUGAUGCUCUCAUGGGGGCUCUAAAUUCAUUGCGCAGAGAUGACCCAGGGAUAAAAAGUCUUGUUGUAUCACAGUUUACAUCAUUUUUAACCAUACUAGAGGAACCGCUGCGGUGAGUUAAUUUGCAUUAAUUUGCAAUUUUUAUUUAAAUAAGCCUCAGUAGCCUACUUAUAACUUGUAAUUGCAAGCGAUAUAACUGGUAAUUCACUUAAUUGCCAAUUUUCAAGUUAACACAUAGUCACGAAACCCAGUUACAAUUUAAUUGCUGCUGCUUAAAACUUUUCUGUAAUUUGACAUAUGAACCUAAUAUUUAAGUUUUUUUAUAGUUAUUUACCUUUUAUUAAAUAUUUUUCUGAGAUUUUGAAAGAAAACCCACUAUUUUUUGUAAUACAUAAUUGACAUGGAUAUAAAAAUAUAUUAUUUUACAUUUUUUGGACAAAAUAUUUUAGCAUUCCAAUACAUUAUUGUUUAUAAAGGAAUUAUAAUGUUUAUGCAUAUUUGUAUUUUAUGUAUUAAAAUUUAUUUAAAUAGAUAAAAGUUGAUAUACUGGAACAAUAUUAAUCAUUUAUAAACUACAGUACAUUUAAAAGUAAAUUCAAUAUUUGUAAGGUAAACAAUGGUUGUUUUUUUUAAUGUCAUUUUGAAGUUAAGCUUGUAAUUUUUUUGCAAAAUAAAUUAAACUAUAAAAGAGUACAUUUGGCAUGUGACUUUAGGUAUCUUUUUGGCUGCUAGUCAGGGUCUCUCAUGCCCGUAUACUUUUCAAUAAAUUCAAGAAAAAACUAAUUGGGUUUGGUGUUUAUGUUAAAUAUACUUAGGCUAAUAACAGAAUGAAAUUUUAAUCACAUCUCUGCUUUUCAAACAAUAGUAUUACAGUUUAUGGCACUAGCUUCAGUGGUUUUGUGCAUGUUUUGAAUAUGAACAAGUUUUGACUCAAUGAAUUUAUACUUGAAAUUUGAUAAUAUAAUAUAUUCUUACCUAUGAUGUCAUUUUUAUCAUUAAUUUAAAAAAUUGUUCAAAUUUGUUUGAGUCAGUUUGCAAGGUUUCAAAUAUUGUCGUUUUGAUGGUUCUUUGAGUGACACUGAGCGUACAGAAGUGCUUAGGAAUUUUUCCCAAACUCAUUCAGAAUCUCCAACAAUUUUAUUGCUUUCUCUUAAUGCUGGUGGAGUGGGAAUCAACCUAACUGCUGCAUCAAGAGUUUUUCUCAUGGAUCCUGUAAGUAGUUGCUUUUUUCUUUCUAAAAUAUAUUUUAAUAAGCAUACAUUUGAAAUAGAGAUAUCUGGCAUACCAAAUUGAAAUAUGAAAUUAUAAUACCGGGUAAUGCAUUUUAAUAAGCAUACUUUUGAAAGAGAGUUAUCUGACAUAUGGAUACCAAAUUGAAAAAUGUAAUUAUAGUAACCUAGGUUUUUAUUUUUUCCAAACAGGCUUGGAAUCCUGCUGCUGAAGACCAGUGCUUUGACCGAUGUCAUAGAAUAGGUCAAACAAAAAAUGUGAUCACCACAAAGGUAUGUAAAAUAAACAGAUACAUUUCCUGAUUUAAUUUUUAAUAAACAUAAAUUUGUUAGGUUUUUUGUGGUAAUUUCUUUUCCUGUUAAUAUGCCUUCUGGUGAAAUUUUACUCACAUUGACAUUGAUCAAUUUUAUAUUCCUUCAUUUCGCUGUUAAAAUUUUACUGUUUCCUUAACAUUUUUGUUAUUAUUCUCAAGAAAUAUUUAUUUCAAUUAUUAUUACAUACAUGCUUUGACAAAUUCGUUGAAGAACAUUAAUGAAUGUAUUAUAUAAGUUGUAAUUCAGUUUUAAGUAUAAAGUAUUUCAACAUGUCAAAUGUUCUGAAAUUAAACAUGUAAGAGAAAGAAGAAAAAGAAAUUUAAGUACCAAGUUUUUUAACUAUAUUAAUUCUUUCCAUGUCGCAAUGAGGUAUUUAAAUAGGGAAAUGUUAAUCGCAACUGAAGUUUUGGGUUAUUCAAAUAGGACAUGUGCAUCUUUUCCACCACCCAUUCCCCCUUGUCCACACCAAUCUGCAUGUGGCUUACCCCACUCCACCCGGGGUAAACAGUGCAAAUGCCAGAUAGUAUACCAAUUAUUCAAUGCAAAGUGUCACAAUCUUUAAACUUCCCAUGUUUGAAAAUAUAAAUCAUAAAAGUAUUCAUGGAUUUAUAUACCGGGUAUAAAAGUAGUUAAGUGUAAUAGAUUAAAUUUAUAAAAUAAUUCAGUGGUAUCAGAGAGCAUGUUACUUGCAAUUACAUAAAAUAUCACAUGAUAAAUAAUUUUUAAUUCUUUUAUUUAUAUUUAAUAUUUUCAUAUAGACAGCCAUUUUUUCUCCUUAAAACAUUAUUAAGAACACUUUUUUUUUACUGUUAGGAAGAGCUGUACCAGUAACUUUAAAAAAAAUUUAAAAUGUGAUUGCCAUAUUUUCCUCUGGAACCUUCAAUUAUCACAGAUUUCACCAUUCAGACUUAAAUUUGAAAUGAAGCUCUUUAAGGUGUGAAUCAAGGUUUUUAUAAUUUUUUAAAAUUUUGUUUUGUUUUUUUAGUUCAUUGUUGAAGACUCUAUUGAAGAAAGAAUGAUAGAGCUGCAAGAAAAGAAAAGACAAUUAAUGAAUAUUGCAUUUUACAAAGGAUUUUUGGGAGAGCAGAACAGAACCAUGCGUAUCAAUGAGAUCAAGACUUUGCUUAACCUU